GAAUGGCUCCUGUCCAGGUUAAAGCAGUUAACCUUCUACAAGCUUUAUUUUUAAUUAUUUUGUUCGAUGAGCUUUUUGCCGAGCAAGAUCAAAAACUGAGGAUUAAUGUCUUAAAACCAGAGUUCAAGAGUGACCCAGAGGGCUUACUUCUUCAUAGAGACCAAGCAAACAACUUUCGUGAAAGUCAUGGCAGGAGAAGGCGUGAUCUGUGGGAGGAAUGUUAUGAUGAAGGAUGCUCUAAAGAGGAAGUCGAAGAGGUGGUCAGCGGUCAUGCCUUGCAUCAGUACUAUUACGGAUGGCGAUGUAUGAAACUGUAUGGAAGUGACUGGACCUACAGUGGAAACCCUAGUACUCUACAGUGUAGCAAUAUUCUCAGGGAUGUAAAAGUAUGUGUAAAUAGUAGAACUGGAGUCGGUAGAAGCCAGUCUCGUAACUGUUAUUUCGGAAGCGCAAAGAAUGUCUACGCUGUCUACAUGGAGAAUGGCUGUAAUGACGGAAAGAUGGGUAACUGGAAACUUACUUUCAAUGACCCUUCGAACUCUGUCAGGUAUGUCUAUAAUGUUGGAUGUCGCGAUAAAGAGAAUUUCGCUACCGUCAGAGGAGCUACGAUGUACUCAGCUACUUUAGUCGGCGGUGGAGGUGGUGAUGGAUAUAUAUCAAACUAUAAACUCGGAUGGUUUGGUUACGACUCAAAGAACUGUGGACAUCCUGGAGUACCUGCAAAUGGGAAUCUGAUUGGUAACAACUUCUACGAGACGAGCCAAGUAACGUACACCUGUCGCUAUGGUUACACACGUGUUGGUAACGAAAGAAGGACCUGUCAGUGGCAUGGCUGGGAUGGAUCUCUUCCAGUUUGCAAACGUCUAUGUGACCCUGGUACGUACUCGUCCCGGGGAUACGAGCCGUGUACUCCAUGUCGUAUCGGUACUUAUCAGCCCAAUAAAAGAAGCAGGUCGUGUAUUUCAUGUCCUGGCGGCAAAUCCACUGAUACAACUGGCAAGAGGUUUUUGAGUGACUGUCAUCAUAAAUGUUCGAAAGCUGUCUGCAAUUUGCAGGCCUGGUCCCAGUGGAGUGACUCUGAUUCAUCAUUUGAGAACCAAUGCGCUUCCCAGAUACGAAAGCGGUUCUACAAAAAAACAUGGCAAGAAAUUCUCGACCCGAGUGGAUGUGAUUCUGUCAAUAAAGUAUGUCCACCAGAUCAAUCUGAACGAAGGCAGAGAGUUGUUUACUGCGACCCUUUGCCUGAGCCCGAGUAUGGAUACUAUCUACCCAAAAACUGUACGAUCACCAAACAAGCCUGCAAAUCCGUUAGUUCAUCAGUCUGCAUGUUCUUUUGUGGAAAGGGCUUCGACCGUCAAGGAACCGACGCCGACUUUAGAAGAGUUUGUAAAGCUGAUGGAAGAUGGACUACCUCUAGUGCUAAAUGUAAAGAUACGAUGGCUCCAGAGAUCACGUGUCCAGAAAACGUAGAGGUUGGCAAUGAACGCGGGAAAUCAUACGCGCGUGUCAAUCUUCCUAAUGCUAACGCUACAGACAACUCGGGAAAAACUCCAUCAAUCAGGAUUUCCACUCCAAAUAUCGAGGCUAUGCAAAUAUUCCAAAUAUCAGAAACCGCUACCACAGUUUAUUACAGUGCGACGGAUGAUGCAGGGCUUACGUCGAAUUGCAGUUUUACCGUUAAGGUCAAAGACACGGAAAAACCUCAAGUCCUCGAAUGCCCUAAAGAACACCUAGUUUACACAUCAGAACGACCCAAGCGUGUUGUAUUCCCUGAGCCAAAGUUCCAGGAUAACUACGAUACGGCCCCAGUAAUCACGGCUUCCCAUAAACCAGGAGCUUUAUUCUACUGGAAAAAGUACACACUGACCUUCAGUGCUAGAGACAAGGCGGGAAAUACAGCAACCUGCUCGUAUCCUCUUCAAGUUGGCCCCCUAACGUGUCCGUUGUACGACCCCCCAGCCAAUGGUAUUCGUUCCUGCAACAUCAAAGUCAACGAGGCGAAGCAAGAGUACGUUUGCGUCGUCCAGUGUAAUGAAAAUUACGAUUUCGAUGAAAAGCCGGAAUGGUCGUCAUACGCCUGUAUGAAUGGAGCGUGGAACGGGUAUAAGUUUCCUAUAUAUCAACAACUACCUGAAGGAAGGCCUUGGAAAGAUUGUGCAGUUAAGAGUUCCCCAACUGGAGUAGCCAAGAACGUCAAGGUCUAUGCUGGCAGUUGUUUGUCUGGCAACGAGGAAACACAGAAAAAAAUCAAAGAGCAAUUUCUUGAAUUCAUAAAUCAGGAUCCUCUGUUGAGCAGCAUGUUCUCUUGCUUAGGCAACAACAACGUGGACUGCCAACUCGCUAAUGUCAAGGUCAGUAAGAUUAUUGAUUAUUGCUUGUUCCCUUCCCGUGGUCUCGAUGAGAAUGCUUAUGUCAUCGACAUCAAGAUGAAAGUCCUAGAUCUUAAUCCAGACUCGUCCAGCCUUGAAAAACAAAAGUUGAAAGAUAUCGAGACAAAAAUGCUCGCUAAUAAACAGAUUGUCGACGACGCCAUUAAGCGUGCAACAUCAAUGGUAAUGAAAGUUCAGGUAGACUCUGUAGAUGUCGAAGAUGAAGAUGUCAAAGGCGCAUGCGCAUUAGGGAAGGUAGUGGUAGUUAAAAGCGGCAGUGGAUCGGAAUUGGAUCGUUCAGUGUGUGUUGACUGUUCUGCAGGAACGUAUUACAGUAAAGACGCCGAAGCAUGUGUUCAAUGUAAAAAUGGAACGUACCAAGACACUGAGGGCCAGGUGUAUUGCAAGGUGUGCCCUGGGGGUACAAGUACCAUUGGGCGUGGUGCGAAGAGCCUCCAAGAUUGUAAAGGUAUAUGUGAAGGUGGCCGUUACUCCACAACGGGCCUUGAGACUUGUGUUGCUUGUUCAGUGGGUAAAUACCAACCAAAUAAUCACAGCACAUCUUGUUUACCCUGUCCUGCCGGCACCAGUACAUUUGACAUUGGAACAACUUCCAUAGAAGACUGUAAAAAGUUAUGCACCGCUGGGCAGUUUUCAAAACACGGAGGUCUUGGAGCUUGUCUUCCGUGUCCUCGUGGUACUUACCAGCCCAACGCCAAAGAAAAGUCGUGCAUAAAAUGUCCUUCUGGUAUGACAACCGUUGGUGAUGGUUCAACCUCUAAAGAUCAAUGCAAAUCAAGCUGUAGAAUGGACUUUGAAAAUUCUAUUGAUCAUUGGACUAAAACAGGGACGGCCUUCAACAACCAGCCGACAUAUGGCGACAACCCAAGAUUCAGGAACCGUGAGUCCGCGCAGCAACAAGGAAACUGGUGGAUAGGAGGCGCCGAAAAUCGCCCUUCUCCAUCUCACCCCGCAGGACAAAUUCAAGGUGACGGACCAACAGGCACACUUACUUCCCCAACCUUUCAAAUCACGGGUAAAAGUCUCUCUUUUCUGAUUGGUGGUGGCUGUGACGUCACGAAAGUACGAGUUGAGCUACUGAUAGACGGCCUUGUGGUGAAGAGAGAGACUGGGCGGUGUUUUGAGUCGAUGGAAAGACGAUGCUGGGAUGUGAGUGAAUAUCAAGGCAAAGUGGCUCAAGUCAGGCUUGUGGAUCAGAGUACUGGAAGCUGGGGACAUAUCAACUUUGACGACUUGAGAGGAGACUCUUGUAUUUGAGUGUAUGCCAAGAGCUUCAUAAAUGAAGAAACCUAAAAUGAAACAGGAUAGGUUGACGACAAAUAUCUAUUCAUUAUUUACAAUUACAGAAU